GUCACCAAGCUUGAGAGCGGGCACCGAGUCAUCUGGCACGACAGCAGGCACCGAGUCAUCUGGCACGACAGCGGGCACCGAGUCAUCUGGCAUGACAGCGGGCACCGGGUCACCAAGCUCGACAGCGGGCACCGAAUCAUCUGGUAGAACAGUGGGCACCGAGGCACCAGGCCAGACCACAGGCACCGAGGCACCAGGCCAGACCACGGGCACCGAGGCACCAGGCCGGACCACGGGCACCGAGGCACCAGGCCGGACCAGGCCGGAUCGGGUCAUCAGGCCGGAUCACGAACACCGGGUCAUCAGGCUGGAUCGGAUCAUCAGGCUGGAUCGGGCCAUCAGGCUGGAUCACAAACACGGGGUC